AUGUAUCUCACAGCACAAUUCUUACGUCUGCUGUUGAUUUCAAUUUUUUAUAAGGCUCAGCGUCUUCAAGCUCAGGUCAAUCAAAGGCCAAAGUUCAGUGAAAAUCAGUUUAUUGUAACAUUUAAAGAGGAAGAACCCAUUGGCACCAGAGUGACUCAAGUGUCUGCCACAGAUGCAGAAGGAAAUACGAUCAGUUAUGAAAUUGGCUCAGACGCCAACGGAAAAUUCAGCAUCGACCAAUCUAGUGGGUGGAUAACAUCUAAUAUAAGCAUCGACAGAGAGACUUCUCUUGUUCAAAGUAUUCAAUUCACAGUGUACGCUUACGAUGAUGCCAAUGGACCUCAGGCGAAGGUUUCCGCGACGGUGUCGAUUACUAUAGAGGACAUCAACGAUAACACACCUGUUUUUCAGAAUGCUCCUUACCAAAAAAGAAUCAGCGAGGACGUCAGUUCAGGCAGCACAAUUUUUACUGUGACAGCAACUGAUGCGGAUAUGCCGGACCCACCAGCGAAGGAUCUUCUCACGUUCACAAUCGUAGAUGGAAAUGUGGGAGACAAAUUUUACAUCGAAUUAUAUGGUGGCAGUGUAGUUGUCACCAAAAAGCUGGAUUAUGAGUCGAUCAACAACUACACUCUGAAAAUUCUUGCCAAGGACAACGGGCCAGGCAAUGGACUUAAUUCAAGCACAACACUGAAUAUUCUCAUUGAUGACGCUGAUGAUCUCCCGGCCGAAUUUUCUCCUUCAUCAUACGAAGCAGAAGUGCCAGAAAAUGCAGCUAAGGGUUAUUACGUCACGGCUGUUACAGCACGUGACGGAGAUGAGAUGUUAGAUGCACCAGUGGAAUACUUCAUAGAUACAGAUACAAAGCCCAACAGCGUAUUUACCAUUCUGGGCUCAUCUGGAGUGAUAACUGUGAAUGGCUCGUUGGACAGAGAGACUAGGGACUCCUAUAACUUAAGAAUUGGGGCCACUUCCACUCAUCAAAACCCAGUUUAUGCGAACGUAAAGAUAACUGUGAAGGAUGUAAAUGACAACCCUCCUGUAUUUAUCGACGCACCUUAUUCAGGAGAGAUUCUGGAAAACGCAUCACUUGGGAUGACGGUCAUGAGAGUUACAGCUGUGGAUAAAGACGAGGGAAAUAACGCAGUGUUCUCGUACAGCCUGGAACGCGCCGGAGGAAAGUUUACCGUCACGCCUGCCGGGUAUAUCCUGGUAAACGACGAAAUCGAUCGCGAAACUGAGGAUGUACAUUCAUUUCAGAUUACUGCAUCCGACCCUGAUUUGGGACCAAGUGGAACGAUCCGAUUUAGUCUUGUUCCAGAUGCUACUGAUCAUUACAAGUCUUUUGCUAUUGAUCUCAUUAACGGCACUAUUUAUACCACGGCUAGUUUUGACCGCGAGCACCUUGCGCUUUACAGGUUAACCACGCGCGCCACAGACCAGCCAACUAGCGGACAAGCAAGAUUCGGAGACUGCCAGGUUGAGGUAACCAUUGGUGAUGAAAAUGACAACAGUCCAAGAUUUACAAAUUUACCAAACGAGACAAGCGUGUCAGAGGGAGCAUCCAUAAACACUGUCUUUUACACGGUUCAGGUAAAUAUUUUCACCUUAUCAAGUACAGAUCCUGACACUUUUGUCACCAUGAUCUUUGUUUUUGAUGUUGAUGAGGAGAAAAAUGAUGAUGACAGUUAUGGAAGUGGCGAUAAUACAGAUGUCGAUAGUGAUGUGACAGCCGCUGAUCCUGAUGAAGGUGUGAACGCUAUUGUAAGUUACAGUAUUUCCGCUGGGAAUAUUGACAAUGCUUUCUCUUUGAAUAUCAACAGCGGAAGUCUCUCAACUCUUCGAAAGCUGGACAGAGAAACUAGUGCCCAGUUUUCUCUUCAAAUUACAGCCGAAGAUGGAGGAGGAAAGUCAACAACAAAGAGUCUGGUUGUUCAUAUCUCGGAUGUCAACGACAACUCGCCGGUAUUCACCGAACCAGACGGUUAUUACUUUUCGGUGGACGAGGGAAAAGCUGGUUUAACUGUCGGAAUGGUCAAGGCAAUAGACACUGACGAGGGCAUAAAUGCAGAAGUCACGUACAGCCUUAAGUCCGUACAAGAUUACAUGAAAUUUACCAUUGACCAGACAUCUGGUGAAAUAAAGACAACUACUGCAUUAGAUCGUGAGUCUGGUGACCAACAUAACAUCCGGGUUCUAGCCAAAGAUAAAGGUCUUUCUAAUCUCCAGGCUGAAGUUCAUGUUAUGAUAAACGUCUCUGACGUCAACGAUCAUAGUCCAGUAUUCAGUCAGCGGCAUUACUUUGUAGCAGUGGAGGAGCAACUUCCCGCGCAUGUCAUCUUGAAUUUGACGGCAACUGACCGAGAUAUUGGCAUCAACUCGGCGUUCUUGUAUUCAAUACUUUCUGGAGAUGUUGACAACAGUUUCGCCAUCGAUCCUGCCAGCGGUGCUCUUUCCACAACUCGACCCUUAGAUCGAGAACAGCAGGAUUCCUACAUCUUAUUGGUUCGUGUGUCCGAUCUCCAUGGCAACCACAGUUAUGGAGUGGUGUUUGACGAUUCUACUGUGGUUGAAGUUGUCGUCGAGAAUACAAAUGACCACAGACCAUUGUUUGCAAACCCUUUGUAUCACGUUGAAAUAUAUGAAAACAUCACCACUGGUACCGCCAUCUUACAACUCUCUGCCCAAGAUCGCGAUGACAAUGUAAACAUGGCUCUGAGAUACUCCAUUGUCAGCGGUAAUAACCUUGAGAGGUUCUUCAUUGAUGUCUUUAGUGGUAUAAUUUACGUGAAGAGUCCCAUUGACAGAGAUCCACCGAUGAACGAGAGUUCUUUCUUACUCACGGUUAGUAUCACUGUGUUUGACGUGAAUGACAGUCCACCGUAUUUUGAAUCUGCUGUAUACACCGUGACAGUUCUGGAGGAUACCCCCAAAGGGACUGUUGUUUUACGCCCUGUAAGUAACGACCGAGAUACUUCCGCCAAUCAAGAGCUGAGUUUUGCCAUCACUUCAGGCAAUGAUCAGGUUCCUCCUCAGUUUACUGUGGACAGUUCGAGUGGCUUUAUAUCAAGCCACCAACCGUUUGAUUACGAUGUAAAACCAAACACAUACACACUGACCCUUACAGCCACAGACAAAGGGAUGCCUCCGCUAUCAGGGAAUACCACAAUUAUAAUUGAACUUGAGAACGUUAACGACAACACUCCUAUGUUCACUCAGAAGAAGUUUCUCUUCAGCGCGUUAGAGGGCUCUUACGUGGAUAGCAGCAAAGUUGUUGGUGAAGUGACUGCCGUCGAUAAAGAUCAAGACGAUAAGAAUUCUGCUUACGGUGAAUUAAAGUACGAAUUUGUGAACCAGACAAGUUUUUAUCGUGACCACCAAUGGCCACUUGACCGUGGGGAUGGUGGCAAGGUUCUGGACAUACGUGGUGGUAUCCAAGGGGAGUUAAAAAACGGUGCGAAAGUAGUCUUUGACCCAGACCUCGGCAAUGUGGUGUCACUCGAAGCAUCUGAGGGGUGGUUACUAAUGGGGGACUUUAAAGAUGACUGCAUUAGUAACCCGAGUUUGUGCGCAGAAGGACUCUCCAUUGCUUUCUGGCUGAAGUUCGUCUCUGGUCAGUACGUUAUAUCAUCAGGCGGAGCAUCAGGAUUUGCCACAGGAUUCGAUUUUUAUCGGGAGUCAGCGGCUGGUGACUUUAGGCUGAUUUUGGAAACCUCCACCAGUGAAUGGAGUCUAAAAGUUAACACCAUACCAAGGGAUUGGUUUUACUUCACUUUUACAUGGAGUGUCGAGACAGGGUUACGGUACUUUCAAGACGGACAACUGAUCGCCUCUACCCAGGCCUCAGAGGAUAUAACACGUGGAAGCGAUAUUUUCACCCUUUUGAGCAUUGGAAAACCUAACAAUGUUGAAAGUCCACAGUAUUAUGGAAACUUAUCGGUCAGCGAUCUUCUCAUUUGGCGCAAGCGCCUUAAUGACGAAGAAGUGCUGCAUUCUUACAAAAUAUCACGACAUGUUACAGGCAAAGAAAUGCCAAGCUCUCCCCAGUACAAAGGUAAAUUCGCGCUUUCGGACAACGGAGUAGUAAGUGCUAUUGGAGUAUUGGAUCGAGAGACCAAGGCGAACUACAGUUUCGAAGUACGUGCACUCGAUUUAGAUCCAUUUCACCCUCGAUAUAAUACAACCGUCGUGGAAAUACAAGUCUUGGAUGCGAACGAUAACCCACCGGUAUUUAGGAACGGAAGCUACCUCGCUGAUAUUCCAGAGCAUUCCAGUGGUUCGCCGUCAUUACAGAGCACUGUGCAAGUGACAAUAAACAUUGCAGAUUUGAAUGAUAACGCCCCGAGCAUCAUAUCGAGCUCUUACAUUGCAGGCGUCUUGGAGAAUUUACCAUCUGGUCAAAGCGUUCUCAGGCUCUCGGUCGAAGAUGCCGAUCAUGGCUCAAAUGGACAAGUUACCUUUUCUGUGAACAGUGAUAAGUUUGCUGUAAACUCAUCAACUGGCAUCCUUUACACAACUCAACCACUGGACAGAGAAGAGCAGGCUCGAUACCAAUUGACUGUGCUGGCUACUGACGGGGGAGGAGAUGCUGCAAAGAGCACAAGUGUGUCUUUAGAAGUAAAUGUCGAAGAUGAAAAUGACAAUCGACCGCAAUUCACUGAAUCUGUAUACCUUGUGGCCAUCAGUGAGAACGCCACUGUGUCGUCAUCUAUCAUCCGAGUAUCAGCUGAUGACCCGGAUUACGGCAGUAACGCUGAUUUGAUAUAUUCUCUCAUGGGAGGGGAUGGGGUCUUCGCGAUCAACAGGACAUCUGGCGUUAUCAGCAUUGUAAGCAAAGUUGACCGUGAAACGAAACCCGAUGGCUAUUCAUUAAUUGUCACUGCGAGGGAUCACGGGUACCCCAUUCCCCAGUCUUCCACGGCCUUGGUUAACGUAACAGUAUCUGACGUAAACGAUAAUGCUCCUCGGUUUGAUAAAUUUACGUAUUUGGCCGAAGUCAGAGAGGACAGUGAUAUCAGCAUGGUUGUUACCGUAGUUCAUGCGGUGGAUGGCGAUGAAGGACUGGCUGGGGAGAUUGUAUAUUCCAUCACAGCCGGUAACGAUGGAAGCGUGUUCUCCAUUGAUUCGUCUGGAAAUAUAACAGUUGCUAAAAAGUUGGACAGAGAAACGAAGAGUGCUUACGAACUAACAGUUUCUGCUCGUGAUCGUGCAGGUGAACCUAAAUCUACAAGUGUUGAAGUGGAUAUCAACAUAGCUGAUGCCAAUGACAAUCCACCAUUCUUCCGCGCACUACCGCAAACCAUUCUGAUCAGCGAGUCCGCACUUCCCGGCAUGCCUGUCUACACGUUGAUUGCCGAUGACCCCGAUGUUGGCACCAACAAAGUUCUCACCUACGCAGGGAACUCACCUGAGGGAAAAUUUGCAAUCAACGCAAAAACUGGAGUAAUAACAACAAUUGGAAAGUUGGACUACGAGAAACAACGGAAUUACACAUUCUAUGUCGUGGCAAUGGAUCAAGGCACUCCACCGCUUAAUAGCUCUACACUUCAUGUAAACAUCUCCUUGGUAGAUGAAAAUGACAACAAUCCCCAAUUCGAGAAGCCCAUGUAUAGUGUGGAGGUCUGGGAGAAUGAGACAAUCGGUGGUCACGUGGUUCAGGUCAAGGCGACAGAGAAGGACUCGGCCAUUGGUUCUCGUAUUGGGUAUAACAUCUCGGCUGGUGAUCCAUAUGGACAGUUUAAGAUAUUUUUCGACUCGGGAAUCAUCGUAGUUCAGAAGCCUCUUGAUAGAGAAAUUAUACCAAACUAUACGCUUCGUGUGACGGCUACAGACAACGGGAACCCGCCUCGGUACGGUGAAACAUCGGUGACAAUUUUGCUGAAGGACAUAAAUGACCGCACUCCAGUUUUUAAAUUCCAAGAUUAUCAGAGUGAAAUUUCAGAAGACAGUUCUGUAGGGACCACUGUGACAACAGUAGAAGCCACGGACAAAGACAGCCUGGAGAAUACAAUGCUCACUUACAGCAUUCUGAGUGGGGAUCCAAAUGGCAAUUUGGGCAUGACAACAACCAAAAGUGGCGGGAAAUACCUUGGGGUGGUAACCGUGGCAAAGCCCCUGGACCGGGAAACAAAAGAUCUUUACAAACUAAUCAUAUUUGUGUCAGACGGUCUCCACAACAGUAGCGUGAUGCUGGAAAUUCGACUCAUAGAUGUAAAUGAUAGGAAUCCUGAGUUUAAUUCCUCAGUUCACUAUUCAGCAUAUGUAACGGAGAUGUCACCUAGUGGACUGUUUGUUCUCCGUGUGCGGGCAAGUGAUGCGGAUCUCGGUGACAAUGCAAGAAUGACGUAUAGCCUUGAAGGAUCAGAUGGUAAAUUUAUUGUUGAUGCAAACACCGGUGAAAUUAGGACAGGUCCAGCGUCUCUUGACAGAGAGGAAAAGAGUCUUUAUCGAAUGACUGCUGUGGCAACCGACACAGGAAACAAGCAGGGUCGCAAGGAAGUAAUUGUUCAUGUAACUGACAUAAACGACAACUCUCCAGAGUUUGUUCGACCAGUCAUGACGGCGGUGCUUACAGAGGGCAACGACACGGCGGGGAUAUACGUGAUACAAGUGAAUGCUACUGACUUGGAUGCUGGGGACAACAAAAACAUUACUUAUUCUAUCAGUGGAGGAAAUCUGGGAGAUGUCUUUCUUAUUGAUGGAAAUACGGGUGUGAUCACGACUAGCAAAGACCUUGACCGGGAGGCGCCUGGAGUGGCAGUCGACGAGGACGGUAGAGGCGUUUAUACGUUAUUGGUUGAUGCCACUGACCAUGGUUCACCUAAACAGCGAACUACUGCUACGGUACGUGUGCUCAUUGAGGAUAUAAACGACAACACACCGUUUUUCCCACCCAAUGGAUACAAUGUUAAGAUAUCGGAAGGAGCCAAAGCUGAUAGUGACGUCAUUGCUGCAGUGGCUAUUGACCCGGAUGCUGGAAAUAAUGGAAAACUUGUAUACGAGUUGAUAUCCGGUAACACAGGAGGCGAUUUCUCGCUGGAUCCUCAGACAGCCAUGAUCAAAACUCGUAAGAAUCUUGAGCGUCAACAGACAUUUUCAUACACUCUAACUAUUGGUGUGUCGGAUCAAGGGAAACCUGCACGAAUUGCAAAGACACAGGUAUACAUCGAAGUUGGUGAUAUAAACGAUAACGACCCGGUGUUUGAUCCGGUAAACUAUACCGUGUCUGUGUACGAAAAUUCGCCCAUGGGAACGCCGUUGAUAAAUGUAACAGCAAAGGAUGCUGACAGUGGUCAAAAUGCUCGGAUUACCUACAGUGUCACAGAAGGGGAUCCUUUUUCUGUAUUUGCUGUUGAUACACAGGAAAGUUACGGAACGGUUAAGGUCAAAAGUCAUGUUGAUCGAGAGCAAACGAAUAACUACAUUUUAACUGUGACUGCAGCCGAUGGAGGAGUUCCACUCAGUAGAAAGGCCUUUGCUACAGUGUUUGUAACAGUACUAGACAGGAACGACAACACACCAAAGUUUUCUCAAGCCAUGUAUACAGGAGACAUAAUGGAAAACUCCAUUGCUGGGACGUCGGUGAACAUGCACCAAAAGAUCAAGGCUACAGACCCCGACGAAGGUCAAUACGGAGAGAUUCGCUAUCACCUUAAUGGCUCCGAAAGACAUCAGUUUGCCAUUGAUCCAAUAACAGGAAUCAUAUCCACACGAAAAUUUCCUCUGCCAACACUGGACCAUGAGAGGAUUGUAAACUACUCCUUUUACGUGGUAGCUGUAGAUGAGAAAGGCUUUGGACAUGCGUCAUCCGUGCCUGUUAAGGUACAAGUCAUAGACGCUAACGACAACGUUCCCAGAUUUGAACCCACGACGAAAAGUGCAACUAUCAGUGAGGAUUCUCCAGUUGGUUUUUCAGUGACAAAGGUUUUUACUGUAGAUCCGGAUUAUAAUCUUAACGGAAAAGUGUCUUAUUCAUUGAUUUCUGGUGCAGAUGGAAAAUUUGAGAUUGGAAGAGGCGACGGGGUUAUUCGCGUAAUUGGCGAUCUGGAUCGAGAAAUGAAAGAGGGCUACGUUUUAAAUGUUUCAGCUUUAGAUGGCAGUUAUUACCCGCUAGAAGGAUUUGGUACUGUCUUUCUUACUUUGUCAGACGUGAACGACAAUAUACCGAGAUUUGAUAAAUUGGUCUACAAAGUUACAAUCUCAGAAGAGUCUCCAGUCGGUAGUUUGCUUGUAAAUCUUACUGCCAACGAUCCAGAUUACGGAAUAAACUCUGAUAUUUCUUACUCCAUGAACCACCCUAUGUUUAAGAUUGAUCCCAAAACAGGGAGCGUGACAACCACAAAGGAACUGGACCGAGAAACUAUGGACACAUAUUCAUUCAUCGUCCGUGUUCAAGAUGGUGGAGGCCUGGAAUCAAGUGUAGCUGUGAAUGUGGUGAUAUCAGACACAAAUGAUAAUUCUCCGUAUUUCCUAAGCGAGAGGUACAAGACCGACGUUAUUGACAGGACACCAGUUGGUACCAUAGUGUUAUCAAUUGUUGCAGAAGAUAAGGAUGUCCAUCAAAAUGCCCGUAUUGUAUAUACCAUUGUUGAUGUGAAGGACGACUUGUUUAGUAUCGACUCAGAAGACGGGUUUAUAAAGGUUCACAAUCCAAUCAAUCGUAUCGAUCUUCUUCGACGUGAUGUGAUCGACGUCAAUGGCUCCUUUAUUUUCAAGGUGGUAGCACGUGAUCACGGAAUAGUUUCUCGGUCGUCCAAUAUCACUGUAGAGAUGAACAUAGUCGAUGCAGGCGAUGACAGUCCUGUGUUUAACAGAUCAUCUUAUGUAGUCAAUGUUACGGAAAACCAAUCACCGGGGACCCCGAUUUUGCAAAUUAUGGUUUCAAAGCACAGACCAGGAGCGGUCAUUACAUACAGUAUUGUAUCCUUACAGGACGAAUUCCAGAUUGACCAAAGCACGGGUGAAAUUUCAACAUUGGUUAUUUUAGACAGAGAAGUACGAGCGGAUUUUGUGUUCACCGUUCAAGCCAUGGAUAACGGACACACUCCGCUCAGUGGCUACACUUCGGUGACCGUCCAUGUGACUGAUGAAAACGACAACGCUCCUCGUUUCCAGUUCCUUUCUCCUCACAAAAUGACCGUUAAGGAGGAUGCCCCUCUCGGAACAAGGGUCUGUCGUGUGGAAGCGCUUGAUAGUGACGUUGGGGAGAACGCUGUAUUUGAGUACGCUAUCACCCAUGCGAAUAUUGGCCCGGGGCAGUCAAUGAUCUCGGUUCACUCAGACUGCGAAACUCCCUUGGGGCUGGAGAAUGGUGAAGUCAAAGCCAGCGACACCCAAGCCACGAGUACAUACACUCUUCCUAACGAGGAUUACUCACCAACACUGGGGAGACUUAAUAACAAAGUUUUUAACCAGUUUGGGAUAUCUUACAAAGGGGCUUGGUGUGCAGCCACGAAUAACAAGCAACAAUAUCUGCAGAUUGACUUUCGAGGAAUGCGAAAAGUUACAAAAGUUGCCACACAGGGGAGGCCUGGAUCCAACGAUUACGUUGAAACUUACAAACUGUCGUUCAGUUUGGAUGGCAACUCAUUUGAAUUUCACAGAGAGGUUUUUCAGGGCAACAAAGAUGGUGAUAGUACCAACACGAAUCGUGUUCUUCCUCCAUUUCACGCGCGCUACGUGCGAGUUCAUCCUCAGUCAUGGAAUUUCAGGAUUUGCAUGAGACUGGAACUUUAUGGCUGCGAGUCCACCGGGAAAGACGAAGUUACUCUGCCUUUCAUCAUUGAUCCAGACACUGGUUAUGUUAGUACUUCAUAUAGCCUGGAUCGUGAAUUGCAGGAAAAGUAUAUACUGACUGUGGAGGCCAAAGACAAAGGCAGCCCUCCUAUGAGAAGCAAUACAACUCUUGAAGUCCUAGUAAUAGAUACCAACGAUAAUCCACCAGUAUUCACACAACCAGAAUAUACUGCAUUAGUUCCUGAAAACGCAUUCGGUGGAUAUCAGGUGAUAAGAGUCACAGCUCUGGACGCUGACGAAGGUAACAACGCUGCUGUAUCUUACAACAUCGUCGAUGGUGCGGGCGGCAAGUUCAUUAUUGAAGAAUCAUCAGGCAUAGUUCGUCCCUCCGGUCGUCUUGACUACGAACCUAUGGGGGACAAAUUUUACUUGCUGAAUAUUUCUGCCAGAGACCACGGUCAGCCACAGUUCACGUCCUAUGUUCUCCUGAACAUUACCGUCACGGACUUCAAUGACAAUCAGCCUCAAUUUUCACAAAAUUCCUAUACUUUGCGUGUGUCAGAGGAUACUAGAGUAAAUUCAUACUUUGAUCAGAUUACUGCUACCGAUGAAGAUACUGGAGCAAACGCAAAGAUCACCUAUUCUCUCAAGGAUGACAUGGGAACAUUUUUCAUUUCUCCUGAAACGGGACAGUUAAAGCUUCUUCAGUCGCUGGACCGAGAGAAAAAGGACCUUUAUCGGUUAACUCUUGUGGCCACUGAUAAUGGAGCCCAUAGGCUUUCAUCUGAAGCAGAGGUGUUUGUCCAAGUCUUGGAUGUAAAUGACAAUUUUCCGAAGUUUACUCGCCGUUUGUAUGAGCGGAAGUUGGUAGAAAACGUAGCCGUCGCCACUGUUGUACAAGUCGUGCGAGCAAAUGAUGCUGACAUAGGCAAAAAUGGCAACGUGCGGUACAUGAUCACAGCCGGAAACAAAGCUGGACUCUUUUCAAUUCAUGAAAUUACCGGAGAGAUAAGUGUGGCAAAACCCUUGGAUCGUGAGGCGAACAACUCCUUAAAAAUUAGCGUGCUCGCUGAGGAUGGUGGGGAACCUAAGAAAACCGACCAAUCCGAAGUUGAAUUUGUUUUGACUGACGUGAAUGACAACUCACCCGUCAUAAGACCGAAGAAGAGCAAAGCCUCAGUCUUCGAGAAUGUUAACACUGGGUCGUUUGUGUAUGACGUCAAUGCCACUGAUGACGACAUUAUGAUGAAUGGGAGAGUGGAAUUUGCCAUCAUGCAUGGCGAAGAAGGGAAGUUUGUUAUUAACGCUACUUCCGGAGUUAUAACGACCGCUGGUGCGCUUGACCGGGAGAAAAAGGACUGGUAUUCACUCAUCGUCAUGGCACGUGACCAGGGUACGGUUCCAUACAUGGAUUUCGGUACAGUUGAGGUGAAGAUACUUGAUAUGAAUGACAACACACCGCUAUUUACUACCACUUUCGGACCCUUCUCGGCAACUGAAAACGAACCCGAGAAUACAACGAUAGGAAAGGUUUUUGCUGAGGACAAAGACAUCGGAAAACAUGCUGAAAUAACAUAUUCAAUAACUGGGGGAGACACUGACAACUGUUUUGAAAUCAAUGGAGCUACCGGAAGAAUCUUUACUAACAAGCCAUUGGACCGCGAGAGGAUUAGGCACUACGAUCUUUCAGUGGCUGCAACCAAUGUCGCAUCCAGUCCACCCUUGAGCAGUGAGACAAUAGUGAGAGUCAAUGUCCUGGACACCAAUGACGAAGCGCCUCGUUUUAGUGUCCCUAGCUACAACGAGACGAUCUCCGAGGGAGCCAAGGCAGGAACAUCCAUUGUGAAAGUGUCCGCUCAAGAUAAAGAUCUGGGUACUAACAGUCGUGUACUAUACAAAAUUCUGUAUGAUGAGAUCACUGCAAACGUGUUUGGCAUGAAUCAAGAUUCCGGAAUAAUGACGUUAAAAAACAACAUCGACGAAGAAGAAUACAGACGGUUUAUGAUUAUUGUAGAGGCAAAGGACCUUGGAUCACCCCAGCCCCUCUCGUCUGUUGUUCCUGUUUAUGUCAUCGUUGAUGACGUGAAUGACAAUCAGCCGAAGUUUGAAAAAAAGUUUUACAGUGCGUCAGUGUCUGAGACGGCUUCUAUUGGUUGGUCAGUUAUCAAGGUCAGAGCCACAGACCAAGAUAUGGGACCAAAUGCCGAAAUGACUUACAAGAUAACACGAGGAGAUGAUCAGAGUGACUUCCGUAUCGAUAACAGUGGUACUGUGUUCGUAAACAAGGGUCUGGAUCGAGAAAGGCAUUCUGCAUACACGCUGGAGGUUCGAGCCUAUAAUUACAGAACCAAGGCUUUCAAUGAGACCAGUCGACCGCGGCAGAGAAAUGUAGAUGCUGAAGGUUAUUUGUAUGACAUUUCAACCCUCAUCAUAACUAUACUUGAUAUCAACGAUAACGCUCCUAGGUUCAUCAGACCGCUCUUCACUGGAGGUAUUGCAGAAGCUGCAGGUUUUGACUCGUACAUCAUGAAAGUCAAGGCUACAGAUAGAGACGCGGGUAAUUUUAGUGCGGUGCAGUACAGAAUAUCCUCUGGAAAUGAUGGCGGCUUUUUCAAAAUAGACGAAGACACUGGAUUUAUAACAACAGCCAGCAACUUUAAAGGGAAGAAGGGCGAACGUUUUGAAAUUAAAGUCAGUGCUCAUGACAACUACGGCAAACCUCCUACAAACGAGGCUGAUGGAGAGGCCACGGUUCAGAUAUUUGUUCUUGUUGACGAGCAACGCGUAACUCUCAAGGCUGAAGUUGACCCAUCUCUUAUCGAGAGAAAUAAGGAGGAAUUUAUAAGUGUGUUGAAUAACAUAACCGAGGCCGAGGUGAAUAUAGAGGCGAUUUUCAAAGUUUUUUCGGAGAACUCUGAGGGUAAGCAGAUCGCAAAUUCUGAGGUGUUGUUCCACGCUGUUGACCUCAAUACUCAGACCAUCAUGACCAGCAAUGAAGUGCUCAGCACUAUUGAAAAGCACACUGACCAGUUGGAGACCUUGUACGCCAGAUGGAAAAUCAGAGCUCCCAUCGCUUCCACCACACAACGUCCAACAGAGGACAGUGGCCUGGGUAACGCUGAACUAGCACUUAUCAUCCUUGGAUCUGUAGUUGGGCUGCUGUUGUUACUGGGUCUGUGUUUUGCCGUAAAGACACGUUGCAGAGUAAAGAAACGUGAAAUGUACAAUUCGCCAAGAGCUCGAAGAAAGCUUGGUAGCACCAAUCGCAAUGGCUCCUGGUCGUAUUAUGAUGACGUCAUUGGAACUAUUGAAGACAAGAGUGUAGCUUCUGUCAGGAUGUCUCAUCCGUAUGGAAGCGACCCAGGAAUGUACAGCGGCUCAGAUUAUGUGCUCACUAAGAAAGGACGCUCAUUGGAAGACAGAAUUUGGGAUGAUGAGCCUGACUGCUAUUUAUCACAGGAUUCAAAUUCUAAAAUCGACUCAUACCUUAAUGAUGACGGCGAAUCAGAACACGGUGCAGCCGGAAGUGAUAUCAGCCAGGAAAGCUCCGUCCACUCAUCGAAACUAACAGCUGACGGCAUGGUGGUUACGAAAGUCUAGCAGGAUACAUCUCUUUCUUUGAAAUACGAAUCAUUACAAUACUGAGUUCAAAUUUUUUCGGCGAGAAUGGGCUAAAACGGUCUCUUCUGACUUAUCUUAUUGUCAAAAUUACUUGAUGCAACUUUUUAGCGCUUCUAGAAUCAUAAAAUAAUGAGCAGGUGCAAUAGGCAAAAUGUAUUUAAAAAACGCGAGUUGUAUACCCUUUUUCCUGGCCACUUGGAUGUUAGAAUGCAUUAGUGAGGCGUUUUUCGCCUUGAAUUGUGAGAACAUUUUGAUUAAACUGUUCCCUUUAGUUGUCA